AUGGACAGAGCGUACAGCCAGACUACCAAGCAGGUCCUCGAGCACUUUCGGGUAGACCAGAGCGUAGGCUUGUCUGCCGCCCAAGUGGAGGCCAACGCCAACCAGUACGGCCGCAAUGGUAAGCAAGAUGCGCUUUGGGAGCCUGACGAUGCGAGAUUGACGUGUCUGUCUCCCUGUGCAGAACUGCCGAGCGAUCCACCAACACCACUGAUAGCGCUCAUCUUGGAGCAGUUCAAAGAUCAGCUCGUCAUCAUCUUGCUCAUCUCUGCCGUCAUCAGCUUUGUGCUAGCGCUUCUUGAGGAAGGCGACAAGGCAACCGCCUUUGUCGAGCCGAUCGUCAUCCUCUUGAUCCUCAUCGCCAAUGCUGUCGUCGGUGUUGUUCAGGAGAGCAACGCAGAGCAAGCUAUCGAGGCCCUCAUGGAGUUCUCGCCGGACGAGGCAAAGGUGCUCAGAGAUGGCAAGCCUGUCAAAGUCCAUGCCACCGAGCUUGUGCCGGGAGACAUCAUCUCUGUUGCCGUGGGUGAUAAGAUUCCUGCCGAUGCGCGCGUCUUGUCCGUUGCUUCGGCCAGUUUUACCAUAGAUCAAGCCAUUCUCACCGGCGAAUCUGUCAGCGUAAGCAAGACAAACGAUGUCGUCAAGAUGGACAGCGCAGUCAAGCAGGAUAUGAUCAAUAUGCUCUUCUCAGGCACGACUGUCGUCUCUGGCAACGCAAAAGCAGUAGUCACUUCGACCGGACAGCGCACUGCGAUUGGCGACAUUCACAAAGCCAUCACGACUCAGAUCUCGGAAAAGACGCCGUUGAAGCAAAAGGUCGACGACUUUGGCGAGGCACUUGCAAAGGUCAUCUCUGUCGUCUGUAUACUCGUCUGGCUCGUCAAUAUUCGCAACUUCGGAGAUCCCAGUCAUCAUGGCUACCUAAAGGGGGCUAUCUACUAUUUUAAGAUUGCUGUGGCGCUAGCAGUCGCAGCUAUUCCUGAAGGACUGCCGGUUGUCAUCACGACCUGUCUAGCUCUUGGCACAAAGAAGAUGGCAAAGAAAAACGCCAUCGUGCGCAGCCUGCCGAGCGUAGAGACUCUCGGCUGCACGCAGGUCAUCUGUGCAGACAAGACCGGCACGCUCACAACCAAUCAGAUGAGUGUCGCCCGUCUCGUUGUCGCCUCCGCUAGCGGUCUGGAUGACUAUAGCGUCGAAGGCUCAACUUUUGCACCAGUUGGCCGCGUGCUGAAUGCGUCUGGCCAAGCCGUCACUGCUGCGCAUAACCAAGGCCUGGCCCGGCUAGGCCAGAUUGCAUGCGUCUGCAAUGACGCUAAGAUCUCAUACAAUGAAGACACGAAUGCGCAUGGCAACGUCGGCGAGCCAACAGAAGCCGCGCUUAAGACGCUAGCAGAGAAACUCGGCACCACUGACGCUGGCUUCAAUACAAGCAUAUAUUCGCUGGCGCCGAGUCAGCGCAAUAACGCCGUUAGCAACGAACUUGAUGCGCAAUUCAGUCGCUUGCUCACCUUUGAAUUUUCUCGCGAUCGCAAAUCGAUGUCUGUGCUCACGCAAGAGCGUGGCGCCAACGGCAAAGCAGCUCUGUUUGUCAAAGGCGCACCGGAAGCAAUCCUCGAGCGGUGCAAGUCUGUCCAAGCCGGUCUUGGCUCGUCUGCUCCGCUGUCGGCCAGCGUGCGUACCGAGCUCCUGGCUAAAAUCGCCGAGUUCAGCACUCAAGGACUACGCUGUCUUGCUCUGGCGCUGCACGACGAUGUCGAUGCAGAUGCCUCGCACUACAAAACAUCCUCGGCUGCAGACUAUGUCAAAUUUGAGCAAGAUCUGACGUUGGUGGGCAUCGUCGGGAUGCUCGAUCCGCCUCGGCCAGAGGUACGAGGUGCAAUCGCCAAGUGCCGUAGCGCGGGUAUCCGUAUCAUCGUCAUCACAGGCGACAACAAGAACACUGCAGAGACAAUAUGUCGACAGAUCGGCGUCUUUGGCUCGAGCGAAAAUUUGACUGGGAAGAGCUUCACCGGUCAAGAAUUUGACGCUCUCACCGACAAGCAAAAAGUCACUGCAGUAUUGGAAGCAAGCCUCUUUUCGAGGACAGAGCCUGGGCAUAAGUCUCAGCUCGUCGAGCUCCUCCAGGCGCAAGGUCUGGUCGUCGCAAUGACCGGAGACGGCGUCAACGAUGCACCAGCACUGAAGCGAGCCAACAUCGGCAUCGCUAUGGGUACAGGACAAGAUGUAGCGAAACAAGCCGCCGAUAUGGUCUUGGCAGAUUCCAAUUUUGCCUCCAUCGAGGCGGCUGUCGAGGAAGGCAGAUCGAUCUAUGAAAACACAAAGCAAUUUAUCCGAUAUUUGAUAUCAUCUAACAUUGGCGAGGUUGUGUCGAUCUUCCUCACAGUCUUGCUUGGCAUGCCAGAAGCACUCAUUCCGGUUCAGCUUUUGUGGGUCAACCUGGUUACCGACGGUCUUCCUGCGACUGCUCUGGGCUUCAAUCCGGCUGACCACACCAUUAUGAGGCGGCCGCCCCGUGACGCGAAAGAGGCACUUGUCGGUCCCUGGCUGUUUUUGCGGUACAUGGUCGUCGGCACUUAUGUCGGCAUCGCGACUGUGGCCGGCUAUGCUUGGUGGUACAUGUACUACUCAGCUGGCCCGCAAAUCAGCUUUUAUCAGCUUACUCACUUUCAUUCGUGCUCGUCUCUGUUUCCAGAAGUCGGCUGCGAGAUCUUCCUCGGCGAUUCGGCGAAGCGUGCAACAACGAUAUCGCUUUCGAUUCUUGUCACCAUUGAGAUGGCCAACGCACUCAAUUCUCUGUCGGAGAAUGAAUCGCUCUUGACAUUGCCACCGUGGGCGAACCUGUACCUCUGUGGAGCUAUUUGCCUGAGCAUGGCGCUUCAUUUCAUGAUUCUCUACGUUCCUUUCUUCGCUGAUCUCUUUGUGAUUGUGCCCCUCAACUGGGCAGAAUGGAAAGCCGUCCUCGCAUUCAGCUUGCCGGUCAUUGUCAUCGAUGAGGUUUUUAAAUUCAUCGGCGUCAACUUCAUUGGUAGCUAG